CAUACACCAACCCGCUGUCCAAGAAACAGCCGAACCAGAGAGAAGGGAGUGGGGAGGGAGAAAGGCGGGGGGAAAAGCAGCGCCUCAGCUUUUCUUCUCACAUCUUGCCGCUGAGAAGUGGGUCGCUGGGCAGUGCAGAUUUUUCUAAAUUCAAGAUUUUCUUUAAUUUUCCACCUAAAUCCUCCCCACGGUAGGGCCGCAUCCCCCGUAAUAAAAUGAAUUCUGAUUCGAGCUCUGUCUCCAGCAGAGCUUCAUCGCCGGACAUGGAUGAGAUGUAUCUGAGGGAACACCACCACCGCCACCACCACCACCAGGAGAGCCGUCUCAACUCGGUCUCUUCCACGCAGGGCGACAUGGUGCAAAAGAUGCCUGGAGAAAGCCUCUCGCGGGCCGGCGCCAAGGCCACGGGCGAAAGCAGCAAGUACAAAAUCAAGAAGCAGCUGUCGGAGCAGGACCUACAGCAGUUACGGCUGAAGAUCAACGGCCGCGAGCGCAAGAGGAUGCACGACCUAAACCUAGCCAUGGACGGGCUGCGCGAGGUCAUGCCCUACGCGCACGGGCCCUCGGUGCGCAAGCUCUCCAAGAUCGCCACUCUGCUGCUGGCCAGAAACUACAUCCUCAUGCUCACCAGCUCCCUGGAGGAGAUGAAGAGGUUGGUUGGCGAGAUCUAUGGGGGCCACCACUCUGCCUUCCACUGCGGGACCGUGGGCCACUCCACCGGCCACCCAGCACACGCCGCCAACGCCGUGCACGCUGUGCACCCCAUCCUGGGCGGCGCGCUCUCUUCCGGCAACGCUUCGUCCCCGCUGUCCGCCGCCUCGCUGCCGGCCAUCGGCACUAUUCGACCUCCCCACUCGCUGCUCAAGGCGCCCUCCACGCCGCCCGCGCUGCAGCUGGGCAGCGGCUUCCAGCACUGGGCCGGGCUGCCCUGCCCCUGCACCAUCUGCCAGAUGCCGCCGCCGCCGCACCUUUCGGCUCUCUCCACCGCCAACAUGGCUCGGCUGUCGGCCGAGUCCAAGGACUUGCUCAAGUGAGCGGCGGACCGACCGGCUGCCGAGGCUGAGGGGAGAGAGGCGGGAGGGACCGCGGUGCUGGGCCAGGAGGGAAGAGGGAGGCUGAGCACUCGGCCGGCGGGAGGGUGAGCGUGGGGCCCUGCGGCCUCCCACGCCGUGUGAUCCCACUAGACCCCCAGAGGGAAAGGACCAAAACCAAACUGCAAUUUCUAGGUGGUAACGAAGGGGGACUGGAACCAGACGUCGUGUGUUUUGCAUGCAUGCUUCUUUUCCCCAUGCCGCGCCAGUAUUUCUCACUUACAUAUGCUCUUGUCAAAACUGCAUUUGUUGUAUAAAGACGGGAUCGGUGUGGUUAAAAACUUGCGAAGGGACUUUAGAGUUGGUUUUCUCUGGCUCUGCGUUCUCCCCUUGGAAAAGACAACAUCCCUUUUUUUGCAAAACAAAUGUAAAUAUUUCCUUGAGAUGGAUGCGAUUACAAGUGUCACUAUCCUCUCCACAGUUGUUUUUCUAGGGACAAUGAGUGAGAGAGAGAAAGAGAGAGAGCGCGCGCGAAUUUGAUCAAGACCCAAGUUUUGAAUCUCAACUCCGGUCCAGGGCAUGACAUCUCUUAUGUGGGUUUUCCUUAAGACGCAGUGUAGGUCAAAAGAAUGCAUGCACGCUUUUAAAUGAAUCUUAUCUAAACAUGUUGUGCAGGCCAUGAGGCCAUUUUCCUUGUAACAAGGAUUUAUUAGUGAAUUCUCCCAAGUAUCCAUAUAUCUGUCUGUGGUUGUUUGAAAUGAAAAGAGGGGGGCAGGGUGCAAAGACCCAAACUCACGCACAGGCGCUUCUUCCCCCCACCCCCACCCCCUUCGAACUCCAUUCCCAAACUCCAUCCUGUUCUAGGGGCCAGCUAUCACCAGAAUGUGGGCUCCCUCUACUAGCUUGCCCCAUCCCCCACUUGCUCAGUGAUUCUGCAUGCGGGGUCAGCUCUCUCUAUCAUCAGCUUUGAAAAGUUAUCGUGGUUUGGGGAGGGGUGCUGUUUUUAUUUUCCUGAACAUUUGCUUGAAAUAUUUUGUUAGGGCCUCAAAGACAAUACCUGUCUUUAUUUUUUAUAUAUUCUUGAUAACUAUGAUAUAUUUAUUAAU